AUGGACGCGAUUCAAGAUCAGCAUCAACAGCUUCAAGAUACUGUACCUUUUGAUGAUGGUGAUACAGUUGUGCUUGAUAGUCCCUUGGCAGAAACCCAGGUGGAGAAACUUGAUUUUGAUUUUCAAGUGCUUGAUGAUUCUAUCGAGAUUGCGAAACAUGAGCUAGUAAGCGAGGUAGUCCUUGACAGUGAGGAUGAAGAAAUCCAUGGAGAACAAUUAGACAAUAUUGCUGAUGGGGUAUCUGCUGUUGAAAUUGGUUCAAGAAUUAAAGCAAAUGGAGCAGCAGGCUUACAAAUGAGGCAGCACAGUCCACGUUUUCAGCGGGUCAAGGAUUUUGCAGAAGAUUUUGUUUCUGAUGGCUCUACUGGUCAAGACAACAGUGCAGAGGCUUUAACUAAUGGUGAAGACACUGAUGGGAAAAUUGAUUGUCCUCGAUUGCUUACAUGCGAUCAAGAGUUUGCAAGUCUAAAUUAUGUUGGCUCUGAGGAACCUGGAGAGUCAUCCCAAGCCAGUGCACUUGACUUUGUGGAUCACUUCCUAUCAUGUAAUGAUGGGAACGUUUCUCCUAGGACCGAGCUCAGAAACACUGUCAGGAAGAAAUUUUCUCCUGUUCUGAGUGCAAGCGGCUGUCAACUUUUGGCCAAACGUAUCAAAACCAGAACCCCAAUCGGUAAAACUAAGACCUUUGAAUGGGUUGAUAAUGAUCAGCAUGGAGGGGUUGAUUUCUUCAGCAAGAGGAUGAAUGAGUCUUUUGAUUCUGGAGGCUGCCAGCAGAGAUAUGUGACAAGGCAUCAGAAGGCAGAGUGUAUUGACGGUAAAGGAGGUUCCAGCUCAGAUAAUGACAAUGAAGAGAAGUCUGAAGAUCUUCAUAAGAAAGUAACAAGUUCACCUUACACAGGUUCCAGGGUUACAGUCCACAGCGUGAAAAAGGCAUACAGGAAAGGACAGGAAUCUGAAUUUAUUUCCAAAAAUGACUCUGUCAAUAAGCCAAGGGAUCAAUUUUGUGCCAUUGCGUCAGGGCACGGGUUGGACAUUUGUAGUAAUGAAAAAAAUACAUCAGACACGUUUGAUGUUGGUUUUAACACCCAAAUAGCAGCCGAAGCCAUGGAAGCUUUGUUUUAUGGUCCCCCAGCUGAUAGCAGUGCUGGUGAGGCUUUUCAAGAUCCUAACGACUCUCUUGUUGAUCCUUCAAAAGGUGUAACAAAUAGUAAACUUCAUUUAAAUGAACCUUUCAAUGAAAAAAGUGCUCUCUGCAAUCUAGAGGACAUUACAAGAGUGCCAAAGCAAGGAAAGCUUUAUGCUAGAAAAGGAGCAUCUUCAUCUUGGAAACAGUCUAGUCGUCAGGAGUUACCCAAGGACUUGGCAGAAACAACAAAAAGGAAAAGAAGCAAACCCUUGGUUGGAGAGUUAACUGAUAGGACUUCUAUUAUCUGUGCAAAAAACGAAAGUUCAGCCACAACAUCUCGAAAGACUAUUGACCAAAGAAAGGAAGAGGAAACUGUGAAGAGAAACAAAAUUAAGGAAUGUGACAAUUAUGGAAGUUUGUCAACAUCAGUUUCACUUGGCAAACAACAGAUACUACAGGAGCCUGUUGCCCCCCAAGAUCCGCAUCCGAAAGUAGGAGCCAAACUCAAAAGCGCUAAUGGUGGGUCAGAUAAUCCACGGGAAAGGACAGAUGAUUGCAUUGAGGGUAGUAUAAUUACAUACAGAAGAAAGAGGAGUAUUUUGGCUGUGAAGCCAUCCAAAGUCUUGAGCGCUGCAGGAAGACGCCCCAAAUUUUGUUUCAACACAUCUGGAGGAGGUAGAAUCAACGAACCGAGCCAACAAAAGCUAGCUAGCAUGGAGGUAUCUGCCUCACAAAGUACGUUAAAGUUGAAUGCGUGGAGCCAUCCCAAAGGGAAAAGAACACGACGUAGACUGCCAAGUCAUUUAAAUAGAUCUAGUAGCCAAUGUACCCCAUUCACAAUAGUUGAUGGCAAAGACCACCACAGAAAACCACUAAACAUAAACCUUCCCAAAUCGUCUCUUACGAAAGAGCUUAUUAGAUUAGGCACUCCCAAGUCAAUGCCUGAUUCCAGAUGGAAAGAUUUGAGAAAACGGAGAUAUGGCAUAUGUAGGACAGUAAGAGUUCUCUUUAGCCAACAUUUGGAUGAUGACAUCAUCAACCAGCAGAAAAAGAUCCUGGUAAGGCUUGGCAUUUCCAUGGCGUCAUCUUUAAUGGAAGCUACUCACUUUGUAGUGGACAGAUUUGUGCGUACAAGGAAUAUGCUGGAAGCUAUUGCUCUUGGUAAAUCAGUGGUGACUCAUUUAUGGCUUGAGAGCUGUGGGCAAGCAAGCUUUCUUAUUGAUGACAAAAACUAUAUCUUAAGAGAUGCCAAGAAGGAAAAGGAGAUUGGCUUUAGCCUGCCUGUUUCAUUGGCUCGUGCAAACCAGCAACCACUUCUAAAGGGUCAAAGAGUCUUCGUAACACCAAAUAUAAAACCUGAUAAAGAAAUGAUUACUAGCUUGGUCAAGGUUCUUCAUGGCCAGAUCAUGGAGAAAAGUCAGAUAUUUGCUUUAAUUCCAGAUGAUCUAUUGAUUCUUUCGUGUGAAGAAGAUCAUGCAAUUUGUGUGCCACUACUUGAUAAAGGAGCAGAAGUUUACAGCUCAGAGCUUCUAUUGAAUGGGAUUGUUAUCCAGAAAUUAGAAUAUGAGAGGCAUCGACUCUUUGUGAAUCAAGUUGAGAGAAAUCGCGUGAGCAAAAGGUGUCGAGUGAGCAAAAGCAUCUCUAACAAGGCUUCCGAAGUUCUUACAGAAUUGUACCCUUUGCCUUAUAGUAAUGUGCUCAUACUAGCAAACUGUUCUUCUGUAGUUAAAGUGGGAGAGGAGAAGCAGAAGUGGGCAGCAUCAUCUUCUCAAAUAGUAUCUCACUUCGCUACUAGUGGACUCUCCGUUGCUGUUGCCACCGCCAUCACGCAUCCCUUAGAUGUGCUCAAGGUUCGACUACAAAUGCAACUUGUUGGUCAGAAAGGUCCCUUGACUGGAAUGGGACAAGUGGCUGUUCGAGUAUUGAAAAAGGAAGGACCAGAGGCUUUGUAUCUGGGAUUGAUGCCUGCAUUGAUUAGGUCAGUUCUUUAUGGAGGUCUACGUUUAGGCCUGUAUGAACCCUCGAAGUAUGCCUGUAAUUUGGCUUUUGGGUCCACCAAUAUCUUACUUAAGAUUGCAUCAGGAGCAUUUGCUGGUGCACUUGCAACUGCACUAACUAAUCCAGUUGAAGUUCUGAAGGUUCGGUUGCAGAUGAAUGCGAAUCGGAGACAAGGAGGACAAAUGGCAGAAAUGCGUAGAAUUGUUUCUGAAGAGGGAGUAAUAGCUCUUUGGAAGGGGGUUGGCCCUGCAAUGGCUAGAGCUGGUGCUUUGACUGCAUCACAACUGGCAACAUAUGAUGAAACCAAGCAGGUUCUGAUUAGGUGGACACCUUUGGAAGAAGGAUUUCAUUUACAUCUACUCCCAAGUACAGUUGCUGGAACAGUGAGUACUCUUGUAACUGCACCUAUGGACAUGGUUAAAACCCGGCUCAUGCUGCAACGAGAAUCUAAAACAGUUGGAAACUAUAAAAAUGGAUUUCAUUGUGCAUAUCAGGUUAUUCUUACUGAAGGCCCUAGGGCGCUUUACAAGGGGGGCUUUGCAAUUUUUGCAAGAUUGGGUCCGCAAACCACAAUUACAUUCAUACUAUGCGAGGAGCUGCGCAAGCUUGCCGGAUUGGAUGCCAUCUAG